AUGUCUCCAAGCAGGGGCGGCGUCCCGCCGCCUUCCUGGGCGGCCCAGCCGUCUCUCGGGGAGGUCGCCCGCGCGCGUGCUCAGACAGUUGGCGGCCAACGGCUCGCUAACGCGAGAGGGGAGCCCGGGAAGACAGGCGGGAACCGGGCAGCCGGAGGGGCCAGGGGAGGAGCGGGCACGGGAAGCAUCGCGAAGGAGCCAGGAGUCCCCGCCCCUUCCGUAGAGAUCUCUAGAAAACCGCGCAGAGCCUGGAAGCAGCCACUGCGCACGCGCGGCGGCCAGGCCCGGGCAUUUUGCUGCGUCACCAGCCGCCGCCCGGCCUCACCACCCCUCGCGCGCACGCACGCUCCUUCUCCGUCCUCGCGCCCCUUUUCCUACACUUUCCUUCUCUCCCGGGUUGAGGGAGCCGCUCUCCGCGCAGUGCAUUCUGGGCAUCGAGGCCGAGCCCGCCGCCGCCGCCGCCUAAGAAGAGCCAGGAGAGGCCGCGACCGGGCAGAGACCGCCGGAGUCGCCGCCGGAGAGCAGUCGACUCGCCAGCCGCUGCCAGCGAGGCCCGCCCACCCGUUCGUCUGGCCCUCUGCCCCGUUCACCAUGCAGCCUGCUUCUGCAAAGUGGUACGAUCGAAGGGACUAUGUAUUCAUUGAAUUUUGUGUUGAAGACAGUAAAGAUGUUAAUGUAAACUUUGAAAAGUCCAAACUUACUUUCAGUUGUCUUGGAGGAAGUGAUAAUUUUAAGCAUUUAAAUGAAAUUGAUCUUUUUCAUUGUAUUGAUCCAAAUGAUUCCAAGCAUAAAAGAACGGACAGAUCGAUUCUAUGUUGUUUGCGAAAAGGAGAAUCUGGCCAGUCAUGGCCUAGGUUAACAAAGGAAAGGGCAAAGCUUAAUUGGCUUAGUGUGGACUUCAAUAAUUGGAAAGACUGGGAGGAUGACUCAGAUGAAGACAUGUCUAAUUUUGACCGUUUCUCUGAGAUGAUGGAUCACAUGGGUGGUGAUGAGGAUGUAGAUUUACCCGAAGUAGAUGGCGCAGAUGAUGAUUCACAAGACAGUGAUGAUGAAAAAAUGCCAGAUCUGGAGUAAGGAGUGUUGUCGUCAUCGCCUGGAUUUUUGAGGAAGAAAAAUAACUCCUGCAAGAUUUCCUAAUUGAGAAAGUCCCUGAGUUGAUAGCUCUAAAGGCAGAUAUGCUCUACUUGCCUCCUUUAACCCAUUUUUCAACCUUUUUUUUUUCCCAAAGGCUUCACUAAGGGUUGAUUAUGUACCAUUGUAUGGGGCGAUUUUAAGUCAGCUAAGGCAAUAUCCUUAUGCAUGAACACUUCCCAGGAUUCCAUGAGGCAGUUGAAAUCCUAGGCAACUGCUACAGCAGCUCUGAUGAAUAAUUGCAUUUCAUCUAAGUCUUUCAUCAUAACAUAAUUACUUACACAUUAGGAAAUCUCUCAGCUUAGGGAAACAAAGAUUUUAGAUCCUAGACCAUGGACUUAAAGGAGGCGGAAAUAAAUUGGCUAAUAUCUUAAACUGAUACCCUGCCAUUUUUCCAGGAUACCUUUCAGAAUUAUUCCACUAAAGUUUAUUUUUCAAAAAAAAAAAUGUACUUUACAUCAUUGUAUGUGAUCACUCGUCAGUGUUCAGGUGUAUUUUAGCUAAAACUAGUGGAUGCCCUAACUUAGAUGGUUUUUGAAGCCUAUACAUUUGGUAUUGUUUGGCCCUUAAGCUUUUACAUCUCUUAGCAUGGAGGACAAAGAAAGCUGUACAUUGUUGCUUGAGAGUAUGUACAUUUUAGACCAGAUUUGUAUUUGCACUGUCAGUAUGGCAAAUGAGUGGAAAAUGUUAAUACACUAUUGGAUUUUUUUUUUUAUUUCCUGUUUUGAUUUCAGCUUAUGCCCUGGCUGGAAAACCUCAAUUUAUGUUCAUGACAGUGGGGAUUUUUUUAAAUGUCUACAUUCUUUCUAAUAAACUGUUGGAAGAUUU